UUUUGCUUAAAGCGUUACGAGCAAACUAAACAGCAGUUUAUUCUCAAGACAACAUGCUCAGUACUUUGAACUUCAAAGGAGUUGGGAUUUGUGCUGGGAAAACUCCAGUAGCUCUGGAGUUGCAGUUCAUACAAAUACCCUAAAGUUCAGCUGCUUAUUGGGAUCUCUGCAAACCUGGGCUUGGAAAUCUAGAGAGAGCACGUUUUCCUCACCAGAUUUCUGGGGCUCUGCUCCUGGUUGGGUUGGAAACAGCCUAGUGCUUGACAGCCUGGCAGACGGAGAUGGAAAUGAAAAAUAACAUGGGAAAUAAAUUCAACUUUUUUUUUAAACCUCAGAAAAAGUUUAACUCCAGCUUGGGCUGAGUUGAGGGGACAAGAUUUGUGGGACACGUUAGCCAAGAAGAUUCCUUAAUGCCAAGUUUUAUUUUCAAGUGUUUAGAAGGAGUGGAGAAGCCAAAGGAGAAUUCGGUGAUGUCUCUCAAUCCAUCCUUCUUUAUGCAUUUCCCACUCUGCGCCUGUUUUGCUGCAUUGCCUCUUCCACUUGGAACAGCCGCGUCAGUCUUUGCUCUCCCUUUGCCAGCAGUAAUCCUGCAAUAAUCAAUAAUCCUCAAACUGCUGCCAUCUGCUUUCUGGAGCAGGGCUGAUUUUUAAACAUCCAAACUCCGGUCAGAAAGGAGCGUGUCAGGACGCAGCGUGCGCAAUGGAAUGGUGUGCUGGUGAUGAAGCAAUCCGACCUAGGUGUCCUGGAGUAGGUAAAUGGGAAUGUGAUUAGGAAACGCCUAAUAAUAUCCCUGCCUGUCUGUCUUUAAAAAAAAAAAAAAAGGCACAUUUCCUCAGGGGUAUCAAUCAGCUUUGUCUCUGGAACAAAAUGUACUUCCGUUUUGACACGCACAGCAUGGUGCUAUCAGCUGCCAUUUGCUGCCACCGGAUGGCCAAAUGAGUUAUGGCAGCAGGAGGGUGCAGACGUUUACCUUCGCCUGGGAUCCCACCUUGUGGAAGGAACAGAGAUCAUGCAUAUUUGGCAGCAUCCAUCUGAUAGGUGGGAGAGCUCCAGAUCACUUCCUGGUGGUUGCAGGGAGGGCGGACGGUCUCCUUGGGUCUCCCACCUGCUGUGUAUGCAAUCCUGAGCUGGUGGUGUGACUCUCCUGCUAGUAUUUCCCACAGUGACCUGUGCGCCUUGUUCCCUUCGAUGUUGAGUGCUGUUUUCAGCUGCUCCGCCGUCCUCACCACUCACCCAGGAGGCACAGAGCAGCGCAAGCAGCCCCACGAAGCCCUGCAUUCUUGCUGCCGAUGCUGCACUGGUGGCUCUCCCUGUAACUUGCCCCUUGAUCUCCACUCCCAGCGCUGGCAGCAGGACUGGAGUGCGGGGCUCCGGGGCUCAAAGUGUAAGAACUACGCACUCCAGUGAGGUGUUCCUAGGGCCUGGUGACUGCCCUGCCUGGAGGCGAUGCCCCUGCUCCCUGUGCUGGCAGAGCAGUGGCAUCUCCCGCAUGCCACUUGACAGUGUUUUGUUCUUCUAUCUCGAUCCCAGCAUCCCGUUUCAGCUGCCCCCGAGUUGGGGUAGGGAACAAUAUGUAGGGCCGGUCCCCAUCCGGAGCCUGCUGUCAUUAGAUUAGCACUUGUAACCAAUCUCACUUCCUCCCGUUUGCCCUUCAUUGUCAACUGCAGCUCCCGUGCCAUCCCCGCUGGGUAGAAAGUCAAGUUCAAUGAAAGGCAAGGGGGAGGCUGAGUGCCAGGGAGAGCCUCCUCUACAACAGCGUCCAAUCUAAAAAUACACGAGAGAGGGUGCGCGAACGGGGCGUCCUUAUCGCUUGGGUUAGCAGUGCCUUGCUCUGCUGGGCGAGUGAUGUUCUAGUCCUCCCCCAUCCGCGAUGAUUUGUUAUUUCCACCGGGGCAGAGGCUAGGAACCUCAUCCAAGGACCAGGCCCUGCUGUCUUGGGUACUGUACAGACAUGUAAUGAAGAAGUCAGUCCCUGUCCCAAAGAGCUCAGAAUCUACAUAUCAGACAGGACGUGAGAAAUGGAUGAAACGGACAGAGGGGAGGUAGUUGGGUUAGGAGGAGAUAACCAGAAAGUGAACGGAGUUAAGCAGAAGUUGAUCCUUCUUGCCUCUCCUGAGUCAGCCUUUGUUCCACUGCAGCGAUGAUCUUUCUUUGCCAGCUGCUCUGAUGAUCUGAUUCCUCCCUCGCUGAUGCCACCCUGCCUGCUGUAACUCACUCAUACUCCUGUCCUUGUCCCUCAAGGCUCCGCACAACCCUGGACCGGCCUGUCUCUUGUAUCUCAUUCUGCAAUGUCUUCCUCUCCCUUCCCAAUACCACCAGCAGUUGCAGUUCUCCCUUCGUUCCCUUCUCCGUGCUCCACCUUGUUGUCCCCCGCACCUGGGAUGACCUGUCGGUGCGGAUGUGCCACACCCUUUCAGAUCCCUCCUAGGGACUCACUUCCUCUUCAAUGCCCACAAACACUGACACGCUAUAAUUGUUAUUGCAUAAUUAUGGUAGUGCUCCCCAGGUGCUUUCCGAACACAUAAAGCGGGAAGGUCUCUGCAUCUGUACCUCUGCGCUUUACUGGAUGGAAUCGUGUGGACCUACCUAUAUUCAUAGACUUUUAAGGCCAGAAGAGACCAUUAUGAUCAUCUAGUCUGACUUCCUGCGUAACACAAACCAUGUGACUUCCUUGUAUUAAUUCCUGCUUUCAGUUCAAUUACUCUGUUUAAACUAGAGCAAGCCUUUUAGAAAAACAUCGAGGCUUGAUUUCAAAAUUGCCCGUAAUGGAAAAACACUACAGCGCUUGGCGGCUGAAAUGUCUAACAGUGAGCCCAACCAAGAGUUCCAGAUGGUGGAGCAAAUGGAAGAGACGGGCGAAAGAAAAGCUGGCGAUGGAAAAGCUCCAGAGUCCAACCCAAGUGGAGGCAAGGAGUCCCCAUCUGUGACUUCUGAGUCUACUCUCUUCUCAAAUUCUUACGCCAACCAGCAUGCCAUGAGGAAAUUCUUUGUUACAAGACCAGGAGCAUUUGACCAAGCCAUAGAAGAUCUAAAAAUCCACGUGAUCAAGAAUUCGGGGGAAAUUGCUCAGAGCUUCUGGCUUUUGUCUGAGAUAGAUCACUGGAACAAUGAGAGGGAGCGUGUCGUAGUGAUCACAGACGCCAACCUCCUGGUCUGCAAAUAUGACUUCAUAAUGCUCAGCUGCCUCCAGGUGCAACGGAUCCCCCUGAACUAUAUCGACCGUAUCUGCCGUGGCCAGUUCACCUUUCCUGAGAGGUCCCUGGACAAGAGGGAGGGAGAAGGCCUGAGAAUCUACUGGGAUAAUCUGAAAGAGCCAUCUGCCCUGUCCCGUUGGAAUCCAUGGGCCACGGAUAUCCCUUAUGCAACUUUCACAGAACAUCCAGUGAAGAACAGCAGCGAAAGGUUCAGUGCCAUCUGCCAGAUGUCCGAGUUCACUGCUCAGUUGAUCCGGGCCGUUCAGACCACCCAGAGCAAGAACCCGGCACCAGGCAAAACCAGCGGAGUUGUGGUCCUGAAUCAACCCCUCCUGAUCGACACCUACACGGGUUUUAUGUCUUUCAUCGGGAACCGAAACAAACUUGGUUAUUCCCUUGCCCGUGGGAGUGUUGGCUUUUGAAGCUGUCCAUGGUGGGGCGUGCUUUUUGUUUGUUGAUGUAACUGUCUUUUAAAUUCUGCAUAUAGCCCCAUUUCUUUUAGAGGUUAAAAAGGUGCAAAGGGUGAGUGAUGCAUAGGUCUUGUGCUGGCCCUCUGCCCAGUGGCAAAUUUCCCGCCCUUUGCAAAGUUUUCCCCAGGCCUUUCAGCCCCUACUGUGUAUGAAUAUGGAUGUGUUAUAAACUCUUUACGGUGUGUGCAUUAGAAAUGAAUCAAAACCAGGACUCCAGACCUGAACCUGCCAAACUUUGGGGAAGUUCCGAUCUGAAGUUGGCCCAUCUCUUGUGUAAAAACUCUACCCCAAACUAACCUGUCUAGUCCAACCUCCCCAUUGCUAAUGUCAAUGCAGUGGCUGCACUGCUUGUUUCUACACUGACACUUUCCGUGCUAAAACUUUAGUCAUUCAGGGGUGUGAAAAAACACCCCCCGAGCGACAAAAGUUUUAGCGCUGAAAAGCGCCAGUACAGACAGUGCUCCCGGCGAUAAAGCUACCACCGCUCGUUUGGGGUGGUUAUUUUUUGUCACUGGGAGAGCUCUCCCCCGGCAAUAAAGUGUGACUACGUUGCCCAUGUCACAGUGCAGCUGCAGCCGCACUGUAAGGCCUGGUCUACACUAGGGUGGGGGGUCGAACUAAGGUACGCAACUUCAGCUACGCGAAUAGCGUAGCUGAAGUCGAACUACCUUAGUUCGAACU